CCGAGCGUUCACAGUAAUGAUGUUGCGUGCGUAGCUAGCUAGCCGAGGUAGUAUCAAGCCGACUUGGGGGCAAAACAUAGGCCCAUGUGUGUGUGCUUAUCAGCUGGUUGCGAUCACGUAUGUUCGACCCACACAAUCGGAAAUACAUUCUUGCAUGUACGCUUGGACUAUACGAACAUCCACUUUUUGAAGCUAAACUGCCGCCAAUUUUGAAAACAUCGACAUAAAUCCGUAGACAGGUUUCAUUUGAAGGAAUUCGUGGCGGAAAUAUUCUACGGAUUUGACCGACGGCAUCGCGUGGUCUCUCUUUCUAGAGGGUUAGUGGAGCGGGUUUCGCUGGUGAAAGGAACGGGGAAGUAGCCGCCGAUUGGCCGUGCUUGGCCCGAGCACGGAGGAAGCACCACGGCCGGUUGGCCAGCUUCAUACAGAUGGCUGAAGCUCCAGAAGGAGCUGUUGGAAGUGAAGGAGAUGGGGCGAGUGAGACGUUAACUGCAGCCGAGCAGGAGCGGGCAGAUGAGGUGCGGGCUGCCGCCGUGAAGGCGGCGGGAGAUCAACUACCAGGCGAACUCUACAGGGGCAAAUGCAAAUGGUUUAGUCUGGCCAAAUGCUACGGGUUUUUAACCCCUGACGAUGGCUCUGGGGAUGUAUUCGUUCAUCAGAGGGUCAUCAAAAUGGUUGGGUACAGGAGUCUUGACACGAAUGAAGAAGUCGAGUACAAGUUUCAGUUUUCAGAAAAGGGAAGGGAGGCGACCACUGUGACUGGUGUCGAUGGAGGAGACUGCAAAGGAAGUAAACGAAGGUUAAGACCCAAGUACAGAAGAACAGCAAACCGGUGCUUUAACUGUGGCAAUUCUGGACACCACGCCAAAGACUGUCCAGAGCCACCUCUACCUAAACGGUGCUAUGCAUGCCACGCGGAGGAUCACCUCUGGGCAGACUGCCCCAACAAAGCUUCUCAGGGAAACAGCAGCAACGGCAGUGGUUCGGGUGAAGAGAGCCCCAAGACAACGGCAGAAGAGGCAUCACCCAGCAGCAAAGCUGAAGAGGAUGGUGAAGGAAAGACCUAACCAAGGCCAAGAUACACCACCUUCAAAGUACUUCGUAUAGAAUUUUUUUUUGUUGUAUUUCCAACAUAUAAGAAACGCAAGUGGGAAGAGAAGGAUAGUUUGCUCUUCUGAGUAUGACAUGACUUUUUUUUAAUGCAGAAUGUUUAUUUACAGAUUAUGGCAAAGACAGACAGUUCUGAUUUGAAAUAUUUCCUCUGCAGGACUCUUUGGCAAGAUCUUACUUUGUCAUGUAUGUAAGGGUAAUUGUACAGUUGAGCACACAGCUAUCAGCGUGUGGAUCUUGAAGAAACAGUUUAUGGAUGGGUUCAAAGGCAUACCGAUGUUCCUUAAGCAGAUGGAGAAAAAACAAGAUAUUCUCUCUUUAGAUAUGACCUUCAUAAAAUUCUAACCAUAGACUGAUAAUUAGCUUGGCUACCAUUCUAAUCAUUAGCUUAUAUCGGCCCUGCGGUAUGAAACAAUAGACUUAGUUGAAUUAGUGGACCUAGUUUAAGCCAUACUUCAUUUUGGUGAUACAGACGUCACUUUCCUGUUUGAUUGCUGUUAAAUAUUUCUUUGCAAACGUCCUUUUCGAGUUUAUAUGUACCCAAUACACCACAAGAAGAGAGAUUUGUCCAAAUUUCAUUUGCCAUAGUUGUAAAGACAUUCCAAAGGCUUUUUAAUUUUCUUUGUUUAAGGAUGAGAUGUUAUAGGAGCACUUGUUGUUUUUGUAGGAAGAAUUCCUACCCAAGAUUUGAGAUUUGCUCAAUCGGAAAUCGUCCCUGGUUGGAUUAUGAAACAAUUUUUCCUUCAUACUACACAAUCUAUCAGAAACAAUUGAAAGAAAAUCCUCAGUACAUGAGUCAGCAAACUACAGAGUAUCUCAAAUUCUUUUCUAUUCGCUUUGGACCAAUCUCAACCUAUUCCCUUUUAAGGUUAUACAUGGAGGUUUUCCAGCACAAGCACAUGGGCAGCAUAUCACAUUGAAAGAUUCAUCCAUUUAAAGGGAGCAUUGGUAUGCCAAUUGGUUGUAGGAAGGUGAUGUUUAUAUAGUUACAGUCUCAGGGCUUUAAGAUUGAAUUCAGUGUAUAUAAUGACUUACUUUGUGACUGUAAAGUCUAUAUGUGAACGAUGAACAUGGAGUUUCUCUAGCAGCUUUGUGGAAACUUUGCUAUUAUGACGUCACUCACUCAGGUGUUAUUCAGUUUUUACAACGUGCGGAUCACGUGCUGGUGCUAAAGCGAGUACUGCAAUCAUGAAUAUUCAUGAGGCCUUAACCAUUUCCUUGUAUGUGAUUGGCUUGUACGUUAAGAUAUAGUGAAAAUGUGUCGUUCCACAAUGCACCGGGCGUGACUUGAGAUGUUUAUUCAAUGCGCGUUCUGAGAUAUGCGACUUCUUUCCGGUAGUGACAGGUUUCACAUUUGACUUUCAAGGGCUAUAUAGUUUAGUCAUGCUGCUGGCAACUGGUUACAAGUUUUCUGAUGUCACUAUAAUGAGCGGCGUGCACGAGGUGUCAUUAGGGACUUUUAGAUUUACACGACGAGAACGUGGACUGCCACGUGUGACAUCCUUUUAAGGUAAUAUGACGUCCUUUUAAGGCACUGCUGGGCACGACCCAGUGCCUUAACACAAUGUCACACGCUGCAGUCCAAGCUCUCCUCGGGUAAAUCUAAAAGUGCCUAUUUAAAGUAGGUCACCAUCGGUGACUCGCUGGUCUUUGACGGACUAUAAGUGACAUCUUAUUAAAAGUGAAUGCGAAAUGAACUGUGCAUAAAAUUAAGUUAAAUAAGGCCUACUGCCGUAUGCGCCAAUCGCUUUCAUAAGGUUGAUUGCAUACGAUCUAACGCUAUUGAAAUAACGCUUGGUGUGCAACAGGCAUUUGGCGUUGAGGAAGCAAAACCGGUUUAGUCGCACCAUCGUUAAUGAUGGUUAUGCAUUCAGUCAAAAUGGGUGAAAUGUUGUCUUCCGUACGUGCCUUGGAAGAAGAAAAAUUGUGAAUAUGCGGAACCAAAGGAAUUUUAAGUUGUAUAAGCAUAUACUCUUACUUUAUUUUUUUUUAGUAGGAACGACAAAUUGAAUUUUAACACGUGGAGACAUUUACGGGCAUCUGACAUUUUGUCCGACAUCACGUGCAAAACGAAAUGGUAUACUCCUGUUGGAAUUCGGGAGAUGACUACCUCGGUACAGAGUAUUCUACCAAGUGUUUGCUUUAUGAUAAAAGUGAAUCGAAAUACUCUGUAUGUCAUUAUUCCUUGGACACCUAGGUGGUGUGUAUGUGUGUGUGUGUGUCUUUAGCUUGUGAGCCUUAAAAGUAUGAGCAACACACAUAUUCGGUAGCGAAGACUUGUAGGUUCGAGUGUGGCCAAAUAUAGCCGGAUCAUUCGCUUUGCUAUAUCAGCAUCGCAAGUUGUAUUGUUACUUUUUGUCUUUCGAUGGGUUUUCCAAAAAUGCAAAAUCUUCGAGCAAAACACCUUCACCCACCCUCGUACAAACGAUCUCCAAAGUUAACGAUAUAACUUUUCCUCAUUUGUCAAAAUGUGUCAAAUUCUGUGACAUUUGCAAAGAACUAAUCGCGUUCUCCGCAAUGUUCUCUUAACGUUCCGUGUUGUAGCUUUGCUGACUGACUCGCACAAAGUGCUCUUGCUCUGUUCAAGAUUAUAACCCACCCUCCAAUUUAAAUGCUCUCCGUAAGACCAAUAUAACCCGACUUAUUCUAUUUUAUUUUAUUUCCACAGGGGGUAAAUUAUGUUCGGCUUUCUGACAGGGUUAUAUUGAAUAACCAUAACUCGUUAGUUUUUGUUCAUAUUAUUGUAAACCAAUAUCUACCUCAUAUACAACAUGCCAGUCGUACGAUGGAUGAAUUUGUUAUGAAUAUUUACUUUGUCUUUAAAAACAUUUUCUUUUGUAACCUUUAAGUAUUCAUAAGACUCCUAGGUCAUAUUUCACUUAGUUUUUUUCUUAGAAAUUGAAAAUAGAUGUAAAGAAUGAUUUGUAGAAACUUGGAAGUAACAGUAAGGGCUCUGUAGAUAAUUGUGUACAUACGAAAUUAUCCCAAAAAUCAAGUUUGAAAGUUUAAAAACUGAAAUCUUUCAAAAUGCACAAAUCACCUUGUCCAUGCCAUAGCACUUGCUAAACAACUCAUAAAACUUGAAAUAAAACAGAUCUUUUUCGAAAUAAAUAAUUUUUUGUUAAAGACUAUACAACCUACUUACCUCAAAGUAAAUUGAAACGGUUUAUUAUCUAAUUAAUUAACUUUACUAAUGUAUUAUCAAAACGAUAAGGGGACUGGGUAUAUUCUGCAUAACACGUAAACAACAAGUAUUCACCCUCCGUUUCGGGUGUGUUUUGCGUAUUUGUUUGUGUUUGCUGUUCAUUACUUAGUUUCUUUCUCCGGAAAAAAAAAAUCAAUCAAUCAACUUAAAAAUAUUUCAUGUACCUUAUAUACAAAUGAAUUUCUAGUAUAUUUUUUACAAGCUUCGUAUGUCACUGUCAGCGUAAUACGUCUUAGGUGACAUUGUAACGAUCAGUUGCGUUACUCGACGUGCAGUGAAGGUUUUUGUAUAAAUUACUAAAAUCGACUGUGACAGAUACUGGAUACGUGUGUAUGCCAGUUAUGUCAUCUUAAUUACCAACAGUGCGUUAUGUGAUAAUUAAUUAGUUAGAAUAAUUAUUUUAAAUCGGGAACACACUAGCUAUACCUCUAUCACUUUGACAGCGGUCGUUCUGUAAAGCAAUUAGAGACGUCCGAGAUUUAUUAAGCGCUAUAUAAAAGCUGAAUAUUAUGAUUAUUAUUAUAGAAGGAGGGCCGCUCCAUGAUGACAAAUCUUUGGUUAUUUGGGCCUUAAAUACGAAUUAGACUAUUGAAUCAUUUUUACAAAUUGAAUUGUAGAAGAUAAUUUAAUCACUUUUGUACUUUUGGUUCUCCGUUCAGCUGAGAAUAACAAUUAGUCAAUAAAAAAUUACCAGUAUUGUAUUUGUGCUGCAUUAGUAGGACAUAUUUAUACGUAAUCUAUGACUAUGUCACUUUUGCAGUAAAUUGACAUUGAUUCAAACGCGAUGCUGCUUCCUUGUGUUUCAACACAAAAAAACAACUCUUAAUUGAGAGGGGAAAAAACAUGAAAUAGAAACUGUUAUUUGAACUAAGUAAUAAGAAAUAUGAAUAUGUUAAUGAUUUAACAAUUUCCUCUUUAUUUCAUUCAUAUUCUAAAUUUAAGAAUAUUUCAUGAAAAGAAAUAACAGUCAAAUUUUAGAUAUUGGAGCAUAAUGGCUAUUGUAAAAGAUCGAAUUUAUUUCAUUGUUAGUUUUAAAUGAUAUUCAAAAUAUACACGUCUCAUAUUGAGUUGUGUUACAAUAUUAUGUGCUGCCUUUAAAAUUUAUUGAACUUAUCGCCUCGCUGCCUUUGUUAAACUAAAAAUGUUGCAUUUGAAAGGUAACAGCAUUAUAAUACUUUAUUACACAAUAUGAACUCAAUAUGAGUUGGUGUGCAUUGAUCAAAAUGUACAGUCUAGUGUAUAUCUCUUCAGUUGUAAAAAAAAAACACACAAAAAGCUGCGAAAAAAAUGAGAUUUGAAGAAUUACAAAAAUGUUCCUGUUGUACGUCCCCCUAGAUGAAUUCGGUAGAAUUGUUUAUUUUAAGAGAUGGAAUAUAAUCUACCUCACAAUAUUUUGCAUUUACUCCAAACAUUAAUAUGCACAUCUAUAAUGGUUAUACUCGUAUGUUUUUUGUUGUAUUUUAGUCAUCUCAGACUCUUAAUUUCGAAACAAUUUUGUGUCCAUUACAUCUUAAGUUACCGAGGCAACAGUGUGUGAUGACUAAACUUGAGAACUUCUAUAUGACAAUAUGCGUGGACAAGAUAUAAAUGCUAAAGGAGGUUGGUCCUAGAUUGUGUCAAGAGGGAGGAAUUUGAAUUAUUGGUUGUGAGAAUGAUUGCAAUGUUAAAGCUGCAUUGACAAGGAUACUUAAGUCAAAUUUUGUGACAUCGGUGCAUAGGGGUAACAAACGUACACGUAUGUACAUAUUCUGACCAUGUUUCUUCAAUACCAAUCGCCUUUCAUGUACACGUGGCAAAGAGGUAUUUUCAUUUUUUCUUUCUUCAAAUUUUGUGUGAAGUCUUCAGUUGUUGAUCCAUACAAACCACCGACUUUAUGAGUAAUUUAUGGGACGUAAACACAGCAUUAAUGCCUUCAAACAAAUAAACACACUUGUAUAUUUGUUUUGCUUCAUCUUAUCGUUUUAUACCUUAUACACUCAGGCCAUUUCAUCAUCUUGUGUAUAUAGCAUGUUACUACAUCUCGCGUUUUUUGUUGUUCAUGCAUAUAAGCCUAUUUGAGAGAUCUUCAGUGUAUUUGGAGCGAACAGUAUUUUGUACUAUAUAAUAUUUUUACUUUGUCAUAUUUUGUUUGUUUUGUUGGUGUAGAAUAGAAUAUGUGCUCUUAGCAGUCAAGAGUGAAGGAAUCUCAGGGAUUAGUAUUUUUUUCACGAUUCUUAAAAAAAAUUAAAAAUAUCAAAAAUAUCAUUUGAUGUAGAUUCCAAAGACAACGCCGCGCGUACUCUUGAAAUGUAUAGUCUUCUUCUCCAUUCGUUUUUAAUGAUUUGCUGCAAAAGUAUCUUUAGUUGUUUGUAGGAACGGCUCGCAUUUAAACUACAAGUCGUUGAUCCUCAAACGCAUAAGAAGUAAAUAAAGGCACGUGGAUGUUUUUCUAUACCAGUAAUACUUUUUGUUUGCUGACACACAAAAAAGGGCGUCUAAUUAUCUCAUGCUCAUUGAUGUAGUGUUUCUAUUGUUGUGGAUAUUAGGAACGUAUCGUCAAAUCCUUUGUCAAUAGAUCGGUUUACUAAAAUAUAUUAAAAUUUGAUGCGUACUCUUUGAAAAAAGAUUGUUCUUGACAAACUUGCCAGACAUAGCAACAAAUAAUGUAUGUAGACUGGAUUCAAAGUAUUGUAGUUCACUCAUUAGUAACAUGUUAAUGGAAUAACUCGUCACUAGGUCCCCAGGAAAGAAACAUCCAUCAUGUAAUAUGUUAGUACACCGGUCUCUUCUAGAAACCCAUUUUGAUAGGCAUUCGUCUGUAUUUUAUUGUAAAUUCUUAUACUCAUUCCCUGUACAUACAUUCCACGAUUUUCCUACAUUUGUAAUUAAGGAAUAAGAUAUGCAGCCUGCUCAAAAUUAAGGGAAAAACAAAUUAGAAAUACAAAUAAAAAACGUGUAAAACGAGGAGAAAGAAGAAUGAUGAAGACAAGGGAUCAGGAAAGGAACUGGAAGAGGCAAACAGAAGUCUUUGUUGAAAUUUGUACAAAAUGAUGUUUCCUCAAAGAAAGUCGAAAUCACAGAAAAGAGGAUGGAGAAUGAUUAUGGGGAAAGGAAGAAUGAGAGGCAGAAGCAAAGAAAUUUGAAAAGGGGUAACAGCCAUCUUAUUUCAUGAAUUAAUUGUUGAAAUGACAAUACUUCGUAUCUAUUUGAGCUCUAAAGCAAUACCCAUCUAGACAUUUCGAUUUAAUUUCUUGUUCUUUCUCCACGGAAAAUUGCCCUCUUCACAUUCUAAUACUCCGUUAUUUUCUGAAAAUUCGCUUUCAUCAGAUGCUCGUGUUGUCACUCUGUAAGUGUUAAUAAUACAAAUAUUAACAGACGGUGUGCUUAAGACAUGCAUACCUCAAAGAUUACCUUGAUGUAAAGAUGAUGUUUUCAAGGUACCAUUUUUGUAUUUGAUAUUGAAUAAAUGAUUUGUUUUGAUCAAUUACGAA